AUGGAUGACACCAUCAAAGAAGCUAGAGAAGAACUAAUGAUUUCACCAUCAUCAGGUGAAAACAAAACUUUAAGAACUGCAUAUUUUCUCAAACCUUCUAUUCAUCACUCUCAUUUUCUUCCAUCCCAUUUUUCUAUUUCCUCUGAAACUAUCACACAGUUGCCAAUAGAAAUAACGUAUAAUGGAUGGAGACCACCCACAAAAGAAUGGAAAAAAUGGGUCAAAAAGUUACAACCAAAGUUUGAAUAUUUGUGGAUUCAAACUGGAAUAUUUCAUGCAAUCAAAGCUUCUACAUAUGAAAUCAAAAGGGAUGAUGACUUGAUUCUUGAACUUGCUGCUAGAUGGUGUUCCAACACAAAUACAUUUAGUUUCCCAUGGGGAGAAUCAACAAUAACAUUGGAAGACACGAAGGUUUGUUUUGGUUACUCACUUGUGGGUUGUUCUGUUUCAAUUCCUCUUAUGGACAGUGAACAAGUAAAAGUAGAAGAAGAAUUAAUGGAAGCAAGAAGAAUGUUUAAUAAGUCUAAAGCUAAAAAAGUAAAUCAAAGAGCAUGGAUGAUGUAUUUUAUGGAGACUGAAAGUAAAGUAAAGUGGUUAUCAAGGUUUGUAUUUCCUGGUGAUGCUUAUGAUACCAUUUUGAAAAGUGUUAUUCCUAUUGCAAUACAUUUAACUCAUGGAAAUAGAAUAGCUCUUGCACCUGCUGUUUUAGCUAAUAUUUAUAGGGAUUUGAGUUUACUUAAUAGUGUCAUUACAAAAAAUGCCACAACAAUCAUGAAGAGUCUAGGAGUAACUAUUUGGGCUCCUUUUCAAUUGGUUCAACUAUGGGCUUUAGAGAGAUUUUUAGCUCUUAAUCCACGCCCUUAUGACAUAGGGCAUGGUUUACCAAAGGUGGCUAGAUGGAGUGGAGUUAAAGUAUUGAAAAAUAAAAACUUGAAAAAGGACUUGGAUAUUGCAGGAUUUGGAAAUGGUUUUCUGUGGCAACCAUAUGAGAAUCCAUCAUCUGUUGAGGUUUAUAAUGAAAAAGACAUGUUGAAAUGUUAUAAUCCAUGGUGGAAGAAAUCAAAAUCAAGCGAGGAAAGAGAUAACAAGAGAGUGAAGGUUGAGCAACACGAACCGGAAGGUUAUAAUGAAGAGAGUCAUUUUUAA